UUAUGACACUUGAUAGGAGUGCGCCUUAGGCACGAACAUUAAACUAACAAGUGUCAUAACCUAUAGAAGAACCGACAGCUGCAGCGCACACACACAUAGAUGCACGUAUAAGCCUAUCCAGAUACAUACACGUUUCGAAGCUUUUGAGGAAGCUGCUUGAAAGCUGCCUUCGAUAGACAGUCAUUAUAAACCUGCAACCAACUGUUGACGCAGCGCUUGAGGGUCGGAAUAAAACUUGCUUUUUACCAUGAAUCUGGAGCAGCGCACUUAUUUGCUGGUGACAGGCGCCUCGCGUGGCAUUGGUCGCGAGGUUGCCCAGCAGUUGGCGCGCCAAUUAAAGGCAACGGGAUCGAUGGUCGUAUUGCUUGGUCGCAACGAACCCUUGUUGCAGGAGACCAAAUCAACCAUACUGGCUGAUCGACCAGAGGUGGUCGUGCACACAUAUACACUGGAGCUAGCCACAGCCGAUGGCGCAGACUUUGCGCGCAUUCUGGGCGAGACGCUGGAGGGCAAAGAUUGCAAGGAGUUUGAGCGUGCCAUUGUGGUGCACAAUGCGGGCACAUUGGGCGACACGUCGCAGCAUGCCCGAGAGAUGGGCGACACCAAGGUACUGGAGCAGUAUUAUCACAUCAAUUUGUUCUCGACUCUGGCAUUGAACGCUGAAUUUAUGCGCAUCUUUGCCGCCAUUCCCAAAUUGGUGGUGAAUCUCAGUACAUUGGCAGCUCUGGAGCCAUUCCCCUCAAUGGCAUACUAUUGUACGGUUAAGGCCGCACGUGAGAUGUACUUCCGUGUGCUGGCACUGGAGGAGUCCUCGGCCAAGACUUUGGUGCUCAACUAUGCGCCCGGCGUCAUCGAUACCCAGAUGACCCUUCAGGUGCAAAGGGAGUCGCAUGAUCCGGGCUUGGCGGCCGCAUUCAAGGAACAGCGCGAAUCUAAGACAAUGCUAACACCACAGCAAACAGUGCUCAAAUUCGUGCAGGUGCUGCAGUCAAAGAAGUUUAAGUCGGGGGAUCAUGUGGACUACCGGGAUUAGGAGGACAAAUAUCUAAACACAUACAUAUAUAAAUAUAAAUAUAAUACCAAUAUAAAUAUAAAUACA